AUGGCUGAUUUCUCCACUGUAGAGGAAGCCACGUUGGAAAAGGUGCUGAGCAGAUUUGAAAAGAUGCUGGUGAACCUCUUCCUCACUUGGAAAGGUGACCUGGUGCUGAUUGGUCGCCGUUGGCGCCGGCCGCUCGGCCCCUCCCUGGGGGAGCAGCCCGCCGUGUGCGCAGGCGCGGCAGCAGCAACAGCAGCAGGUGGAGCGCGGGACGGAGUGACGCUGCUGGCGGCUGUCGCGACCCCGACUGAAGAGAGUAAGAGAUCCGAGGGAGGCCUGAGGAACUACUUUAUAAUGGCAUCUGGAAACAGUGGUGAUUCAUGCAGGUCAUGUUCAGCCCGUGAAGAGAAGAACAGCGAGACUGAUGCAGAGCUGAGUGAGGUUGACGGAGUGGAGGAGAGUUUGCGGGAUGAUGUCUACAACCGGUAUCGGAGCGAGGGACAAGAGGAUGUCAACACUGGAGUGGCAACAGUUGUGGACCCGUUGCAGAUAUGUGCCAGUUCCUCGGUGGAAAUAGGGCACCAGUUGGCCAUCAUCGGAGACGAGCUCAAUCAUCAAAAGAACAGACAAUUCCAAGAUGCCGGCAUCUAUCUUCCCCUCGCAUUCCAAUGUGGGUGCGAAUCCAUCCACAGAGCUGCUGAAAGGUUAUUUGAUAACGACAUAAACUGGCGUCAAACAAUCACUCUGCUGAGUUUCGGCUACAAGACUGCGAGGUACUUCUAUCGUAGGGGACUGAUGGAAUCUUUUGGCAGAGUUACAGAACAUGUGGCAAAGAUUCCAGCAAAGAAUCAAAUCACUCGAUGGGUUGCAGAUUGCGGAGGCUGGACCACUGCCCUUACCCUGGAGAAUGCCACCCUGAAAUGGCUGCUUGGGAUCUUGGUGGUUGCCAUGCUGGCAGUGGCAAUUGCCCACAGGAUUUACCAGCUCUAAGCCCUGGCUGGUGCUGGAUCGUCAAAGCUGGCCUUGACCAAGCAUUGCCUUCGCUCCACCCAGGUGGUGGAUCUUUUUUUUAUUAUCCAACUUGAAUAACAGAAAUAAUUUUUUCUAAAUCUUUUUAGAUAUUUAAGAUUUUUUUGGGAAAAGUGCUGGGCCACACAUGUUUUCUAAACUUUUAUAAGUAUAAUAUAAUGAAACUAUGUCCGGCUGUUACUGGUAACGGUCUACAUUGAUUGCUUAGACGGGUGUUUGCGGUAGUUUUUCAUAUUGUUUUCUAUGUUGCAGUGAUGAACAUGGUUAUAUCAUUGCAUUAGAAUUAGCAGAUGCAGAAACACUAACAUAUAUGUUUGAAAUGAUUUCCACUUCCAGUCAUUUGUCUAUUUUGGGCAAAAUUGCCAUUUUAAUUUUGCAAACAGUGUUUUUUACUUGAUUUGAUGCUAGUAUUGAACCAUCCAGAUGUUAUUUUGAACCUCGCAUGUUUAACUGAUGAGAGCAGGGCACUUUGGCCAUUGAGAGGGUGCGGUGGGCAGUAGACGGUAGUUGACAGUCAUGGUGGCGCAGCGGUAGAGUUGCUGCCUUACAGCAAAAUACUGCGCCAGAGACCCGGGUUCGAUCCUGACUGUCUGUAUGGAGUUUGUACGUUCUCCCCGUGAUCUGCGUGGGUUUUCACCGAUAUCUUCGGUUUCCUCCCACACUCCAAAGACUCCAAAGACGUGCAGGUUUGUAGGUUAAUUGGCUUGAUAAAAUGUUUUUUAAAAAUGCCCAGUGCUGAGUGAUGCUCUACCUAGAGCUGUUCAGCGUACUACAUCCAGAUCCAGAAUAGAAUACAACCUCCAUUGCAUAGUUGCCUGGGUGUAAGGGGGGGGGGGGGGGUCUGGGAUGUAAUUCCUGCCAUUGAGUAUCCAGGAUGUAAAUCCAGUAUGUUUAGGAGAAAGCGUCUCCAAACCACCCCCCUAAACCAGGAGUGCACUUUACCGUUCUCCCCCCCCCCCCCCCCCGUCUUGCACACACCCGGGGGCUGUUAAACAUCCCCCAUCUAACCUCACUGGGUAACUGCAGUUAUACCUAUAAUGUUAUCUUGGCUGUUUGUAUUUGCCAUCUAUUUCAUUGGAUUUACAAUGGUGCCCAUUUGAUUGCACUUUGUGUUCAGGCUGCAGAACCACUGAAUUGAUUUCUAAAUUUCAAUCUUUCAACAGAAUUGUAUGCUGCAUUAAAUGCAUUUUCUAUUGCUUGACUCACUGAAAUCAACUUUUGCGUUUCCUCUCCUUAUUUCUGUCUGACUCCAGCCAGCCAAAGCAGUUACAGCAUAGACAUGGUUUGAGAUGUUCCUUGACUUAUUGCUGUUAGAGUAAUGUGCAGCAUCUCAGACCACACCCUUCCUUCCAGAGAUGCUGCUUGUCCCGCAGUUACUCCAGCCCUUGUGGGGAGCUCUUCUCUCACUGGAUACCUUCAAGAGAGAGCAAGAUAGGGCUUUUAAAGAUAGCCCUCUUAAAGAUAGCCUAGUCAGGGGAUAGGGGGAGAAGGCAGGAACGGGGUACUGAUUGUGGAUGAUCAGCCACGAUCACAGUGAAUGGCAGUGCUGGCUCGAAGGGCCAAAUGGCCUACUCCUGUACCUAUUGUCUAGUGUCUAUUAGCCAAAGCAUACCUUUGUAUAUGAGAGGGCGUAGAGGUCUGAAUCCAGGCCAUAACUACUUGUUCUAUUUGCUAUGAGUGAUAUGAAUUCAGAAGUUUUAAUUUUCUAAACGGGCAGAUUCUUCUAUAACGAAUUACCAUUUUCACAAAAAGUGAUUCUACAUUUGCUGGCCCGAAUGCAAUGUAAAGUGUAUUUAAAGGAAUGUGUUUUUUUAAUUGGAAACCAUCAUCUUGAUGUAGAUAUAAUAAGUGUUGCAGGACGCAUCAGUUGCCACCUAUUGCUGAGAAGAUAACUUGUACAAUCUUUAAACGUGAAAGAGCAGUACAUUCCUUUAUGUAUUUCAUUCAUGAUCCUUUGAAUACUGGAAUAAACAACCUCUACCUUGCCAGAAA